AUGAAUUCGCCGGUCAUCUCACUCAAGAAAUUCAGAUCGACAAUCUUCAACAACAGUCCAACCAACACGGCCAAGAACAACGAACCACUCACGAGCAGUACUCACGACCGGCUGACUAAGAACGACCGGCUGACUAAGGACGACCGGCUGACCAAGAACGACCGGCUUACUGUUGAUACUUCGAGCUCAUCCAAGAUCAUUUCGUCAUCAGCCGGUUUCACGAUCUCCUCAUCAGCCUCUUCGUCAGCCUCCUCCUUCGUCUCAGCCUCCACCAACCAAUCCAACCCAGACCACAAUCAGCCACCAGCACCAAACCAUCAUCUCCCAAACGGGGCCGGAUUCAGGAACCCAUGGCCAUCAGCCAACUCCAAUCAAUCUUACCACUUAGUCAACCUCAUCAACAACGGAAUCCCACUCCAACUGGCCAAGAAACUCUCAACCGACCUCAAACCGGUUCGCACCCUCCCCGCCGAUCUCAAGCUCUACGCCAACCAAAACCAAGCACCAUCAUCAUCCCCUCUUUCUAACACAUUAGUCUCCACUUGGCUUGGCCAUGCAGGCUAUCUCGUCCAAUUUCCAAUGCUAUCUAGAGCCACCUCUAAUCAGAAGCGACGACCGUUCAGGAUCCUAUUUGACCCGAUGUUCUCAAUCCGGGCGGGGCCGACCCAAUGGACAGGGCCCAAGAGAUUGAAACCAAGCCCAUGUCACAUCAAACAAAUUCCGACGGUUGAUAUCUGUUUCAUCUCCCAUUCUCAUUACGACCAUCUAGACUAUGAUACUAUCCAAGAACUCUCCCAACGACAGCCCCAUCUGCAAUAUUUCGUCCCACUAGGCUUGAAAGCAUGGUUCGAUUGUGUGUCGGUGCCAUCGGACCAAGUAGUCGAGCUGGAUUGGUGGCAAUCGCGAGACUGGGACCCUGCCGUGGUCCGGAGCUCCCAACAGGCGACGCCGGUGGAUCGGGCGAGCACACCCGUCUUGCCAGACCGUGCCAGUUCCUCGAUCCGGAUAACCUGUGUUCCUGCCCAACAUUCAAGUGGUCGGUCUUUGAUGGACCAGAAUACAUCCCUCUGGUGCGGAUGGAUCGUCGAGCAGAUCGACCCUGGCUCCCCGCCCUCCAUCCCUCAAGUAACUCAUUCUUCUUCUCCCAAGUUCGUCCCCCUGCUGCCCUUGCCAUCUGCAACUACCAUCACCUCUUCCUCCCCACAUCAACCAUCAUCCGCCGACCAUCGUGAUCGCCGGAAAUGUUGUGUUUAUUUUGCAGGCGUUUUCUGGCUCGCUGCGAUGCAACAGGAUACUGGCUACCGGAGCAACACGACCGGAGACUAA